CGAUGAAUCAUAUGUCUACCGACGUAAUACAGACAAUGUUGGAUAUGAUGAGAAAUUCGGCGGCAUUGAGCGGCAUUAACAAUGAAUCUCGCGCAAAAGAGAUUUUAAAUUCGGAACGAAGCAGACCUAGACCCGUCAGAUAUCCCUGCACGACAAAUAUCGCAGUUCGAACGUUUUCCAGUGGAAUGGCUAGCUCGGUGGCUUCAACUUCGGCAAUUUCACAUAAUCCGACGGCUCCCUACUUACCUAAUACGUCUCACCUGCCGAAUGCUCCUCACCUACCUAAUACACCACUUGGUUCUACUGAACCUCGUCCCCCGACUGUACCUCAUCCGCCACCAGCCCCGCAUCCCCCGAUUGCUCCUCAUCCCCCGAUUGCUCCUCAUCCCCCGACUGCUCCUCAUCCCCCGACUGCUCCUCAUCCUCCAAGCGCACCCUAUCCCCCGACUGCUCCUCAUCUUCCUAGUGGUCCUCAUCUUACAACUGCAUCGCAUCCUUCGACUGCAUCCCAUCCUCCUAGUGUUUCUCAUCCGCCAACUGCGCUACAACCCCACGUGAGAGCCGUCACUACGCCAUCAACGUAUUUGCCGUACCAGCCGGCUGUUCCGCCACCACCGACUAGGGGUUACUAUCCGCAGGCGUAUCCUAGUAAUGUACCAAAUGCUCAGCAAAUACAUUCAAAUUUUCCUGUGCGAGUGGCAGUAAAUCCACAAAUACCAGCUCGUCCUUCAACAUCGACGACAGCGACGGUGACGGCGUCGACACCGUCGGUACAAAACACGCAGAAUUACAAUGCGUAUGUUAUGGCCAGAUAUCCCUCCCAGCCACCCUAUGGUCCAUUUCAAUAACAGCGGUAUGUACUUUUAAAUGUUCGGUCUAAAGAACAAAGAUAAUUAAUUUGUGACGAACGCACUCUAUAGCGAAAUUAUAUCGAACGCUUAGCGACUAAAAUAUCAAUAUCAAUACGUUACUUUGCACAACGUUACUAUUUGACUAUGCAUCAGAAUUAAUAUUCCUAUUUUUGUGCAAAGUAAACUUAAAAUGUUAUUCUUGUUUGGAAGCUGCGAAUUGAAUAGACUGAUAUACAGUAUUAUUAGAUUUAAGCUAUACAUAAGAACUUUUGUAAGACAUGUUAAAAUGAUUUAUUAUGAUUUCGGCUUACUUACGACGAGGAACUCGACUAGUUAGAUAUUUUUGAAAAAAAAAAAUCAAAAACAGGGUAACUAAAUAAUUAAUUUAUAAAAUAAAAAAAAAUCUGUUGUCUGUUUGCACAUGAUAAUCUUCGUAACUAACUGAAGGACUAAUAUGAAACUAUAUUUAUUAUGUAGCUGUCUGUGAGUGGUCUAGUUCUGUCCAAAAGUCCAUAUUUUACGCUGACAAUUUUUUUACAAAAAAUUGCCGAAAAUGAUCGAAAAGUGUAUUUAGGUACUUUCCACUAAACAUCUUCACGCUAUAAUAUUCAUAAGGAGCGGAGUUAGCUUUGACAAUUUAAGAAAACGACAUUUUAUUAAAGCAAUAUAAUAAGUUUUACAGGAGUAUUGAAAAUUUUAAUCAAUAUAGAGUGAAAUAGGCAUCGAUUUUUAUAGGUUGGAUUAUAUAUAUGACUUGCAUUAUGGCUGGAGUAAAA